UUCGAGGAAUUGAAGCUGCUUUACCCCGCUAGGGAUUUAUCUUCUUUGCAAUAUGCAGAGUUGAUAAAAAAAUUAAAAGAAAGAUUCGAUAAGAAGGAAUCUGAUUUGAUUCAACGUUUCAAAUUUUACAACAGAAUACAAGCUAUAGAUGAAUCGGCGGAAAAUUUCGUCUUAGCAGUAAAGCUGCAGGCGGAAUAUUGUGAAUUCGGUGAAUUCAAGGAGACUGCCAUCAGAGAUAAACUUCUGAUGGGAGUCUAUGAUAAGGAUUUGCAGCAGAAGAUGCUAGGUGAGGAAAAUCUCACUCUGGCAUCAGCUGAGCGAAUGAUUAUCAAUUGGGAACUAGCCGGUUCAAGAGCUAAAAUGAUUAGUAACAGAUCGGAUCAGAUUUCUUCAAUUAAAACAAGGUUGGGUAGACGGGACAAGUUCAUUCGCGGCGGUUUCAAUAAUAAACGAAGCAGAAGUAGAAGCAGAAGCAAUCGUUUGGCGCACUUAAUAGGAAUACUGGCGGCUACCGGGGCAGAUCGAGAAGCGGUUCGAGGCCAAGGAAAGCAGAUUAUGCUAAGCGUAGACUGCGGCAAAUCUGGACAUGUUAUCAAAAAAUGUUUUAAAUAUAUAAAUAACCAGAGGAAACCUAUAGUUCGUUUUGCCGAUGAGCUUCAACCGGGUACGAGUACGCAAUUGGAGCAACUUUUCAAUCGACUGCAACCUGCGCUGGAUGAUUCGUCUGACGAUUCAGAUCAGUGUUGGAAACGUGGUGGUGCAAGCACACCGAGAGCAAUUAAGGCUACCCAAGAGGACUGAGGUUCGUCAAAACAUAACGGUGCCAAGCAGGAUGUUUACUAAACGAGGUCGAGCGGUUUCGGAGGACAGUUCCGAGGAUGAUUUCUUUGGGUACGAUGACGAGUUGGUGGAGUCAGCCACGAAAAGCAAACGCUCGGACGACCUACCGGAUGAAAAGGAACAAUCCUCGCUGACAUUACGGCGACCUGAGAGGCUUAAAGGAAACCGAAAAAGCUACAAACAGUACAAGUGAAAACAUGAAGAAUAAGUGAGCAAAAUACGACGUCUAUUGGACGUUUUCAAUUUGAUAUUUAAUCAUUGGCUAGAGCAUCUAUGGAUGCAUUCGUUUUUUUUGUAAAUAAGUUGAAUCAGCAUUGAGCGUCAAAGAACGCAUUCGGUCUCAUUUAUAUUUUGAAAUUAAUUAAGAGCGUCAAAUAACGCAUUCGGGUUUAAUAUUUAUGUAGUAUUUAAGACGUCAACGGACGAUUUCCAACUAUAAAAAAUAAUACAAGUGUUUAAACACAUUCAAAUAUUUUGUAAACUAUAGAUAUUAUAUUUAAAACUUUAAAGGAGGAAGAAUUGUUAUAUCUACCAGAAAGGCUUAGUAAAAGUCGACACCUCGUUCGAACUCCCUCUCAAAAAAUAUUAUCGUUUUUGUAUUACACACUUUCGGAACACGCACACAUAUUGGAAACAUGACUAAUAAA